AUGGCUAGCUCACUCCCAAAACACCUCACCAUCCUCGGGGGCUCAGGCUUCCUUGGAAGAAGAAUCGCCCAAACCGCAAUCCUCAAUGGCUACUCCGUCACCGCGCUUUCCCGUUCAGGUAAACCCCCGGCAACAACCUCCCCCGUGGACUCCCAAUGGGUCUCCAAGGUCAACUGGAGACCAGCAAACAUCUUCCAACCAGACUCCUACAAACAUUACUUGGAGGAUUCCGACGUGGUUGUCCAUUCGAUCGGGGUUAUCCUCGAGAAGGUAAACUACAAAAAAGUGGUGAAUGGUCCAGGGUCCGGGUUCAUCAACACCCUUCUAAGCUUUUCUGGCAACAAAUCUGUCGGGGACGACGCAGUCGCCGCGGCCUCGGGCAAACUAGACACUUAUGAAAAGGUCAACCACGAGUCUGCGGUGCUUCUUGCCGAAGAAUACCUCAAUUCCACCAAAGUCCCCCACCCAAAGUUCGUGUAUAUUUCCGCAGAUAACGCUCCCGCAAUAGUCCCUGGCGGAUACAUGAAGUCCAAGCGGGCUGCCGAAUUUGAUUUGAUGGAAUUGUCGCAGCACACCAACCUCACCAACUUGAUUGUUCGUCCAGGAUUCAUGUUUGAUGAAACCGAUCUGACCUCGGUUCGUCUGGGUCUUCAUAAGGUGAUAGAUUUUGCUCAUGGGGUUCCUGGGAUUGGAAGUUUGGUUAGUCCUAGCAUUAGCACCCAACAGGUUGCCAAAGCGAUAUUUUCAAAGUUGGAAGAAGGGACUAAUGUUGAAAACGAAGUGGUUUCUCUUGAGAACUUGAUGGCUAUGGAUUGA